AUGGCAGCCUUGGGGCUGGAUCAAGUCUUGAAUUUGGCCCAGCAGUAUGGCGCCAGAGAUGCGUUGGAGCCAAGAGCACCAGCCGUAGCAGUCGCCAGGGGGGGGGGUCGCAGACCAGGUGGUGGAGGCCUGGGGCGGCACAACCGAGCCCGAGGUGCGGAGGCUAGACAAAGAGGGGCUCGCUGGGCAAGGAAGCAGAAACAACUUGUUUUGCAGAGCAAGUGCUUCAACAAGACCGGCCAUGCCCGAACAGCAGAUCAUCGGCUACCAAGCCAACAAGACUUGAGUCGGCAGAGUGUGGCAGGCAAAGGGAAAUGGAAGACUUGGACUCCAGAAGCGAUCUUGCGCGCAGGCUUUGGGCAGGAAACUGCAACUUAUAGGCAGAUAGCAAACGAAGUGGAGGGUGCUUCCUGCAGUCAGGCAAGGGCCGCUAGAUUUGCGUGCGCUGCCGCAGUGUGCAAGUCUCAGGCAGAGAGCUGUGAGAAAGUGGUGGCAGAGGCUUCAGAGGAACCCCUCAGAUUCUUCAUUCAAAAUUUGAUGUUUGACGAGUCAACCUUUGACCUGAGAGUCGGCAAGGAUGCCGCCAACAGUUGCUCUGUUCUGUGCUCGCACUCUCAAUGGACAAUGGGCUUUGCCCCCUCUUUGGAAAGUGCCAGGGACGCCGUCCGGGAUGAGCACAUCGUGCGGUCUCCGCAAGUCUUGGCCCCGAUGAAUUCUGCAACUAUGUGGAAGACUUUAUCCUGUCAUCCAGGGAGUAUUGGAGCUUGCGAAGUGGCCGCUGACCAUGUGUGCACCCUUACCACAUGCGAUUCUCAUGCGGCGAACUUAAAAAUGUUGAAGCAUUUGGACACAGUCCUCCCAUCAGACCACUACUUCCUUCCAAUGUUGUGCACUCAGCACCGGAACGGAAACGUUCUGGAGCAGUUGACUCAUUUGCUCGGAAAUCUGGGCGGCUGUUUUUGCGUUUCCCGAGUUUUGAAUUCGAGGCACGCAGUGCAAGCGCUCCGCAAGAGAACGGCCGCAGGCCUGGAACAGCAUCUGGCGGUGCUCCAGGCUGAGCCUGCAGGUGUUCAAACUGAAUGGGAGGAAGCGCGGUCGCUGACCAGGAGUUUCCUGAAGCUGGCGGCCAUGUUCGAAGCCAGUUCGAAAGAGGCGAAGGAGUCCGAGGUGGAGAUUGCAGAGCCUGCUGCUGAUGAACUUCCACCUGGUUAUUCUCGCCUCUUGGGCUUCUUCAAUGGCCCUUGGACAGGACCAGAGUGGGGGGUUGUCAGCGCUGUUGGUUUCUGUCAGUUUGCGCAGCUUGGGUCGUUCAAGUCAGUCGCUACUUUCUGUUGCUACGCUUUGGCGAUGGCGGACCGUGCUGCGGAAGUUCCAGCUGAGACCAAAGAGGCCGAGGGCAAGAUGGAUGUGGAUCAGCCGGUGUGCGAAGAGCCCAAUAAAGGGCCGCAGGCCGAGCCAGAGAAGCCCGUUGAAGGGGCAGCUGCUGUGGCCGAAGGGCCGCCGGCCAAGCCUGCCGAAGGGCCGCCGGCCAAGCCUGCCACACCGGCCGGGCCAAAGGGCAAGCCUGUGGUGGGGCCAAGCGGGUUGCUCUACAAGUCGCCGCCAUACAAGUCUCCGCCUGCAGGGCCAAGCGGGUUCCCUGCGAAGGCAAUGCCAGGCGGCCCGCCGGUUGGCUUGCUGACAAGGGCUGUCAGGCGUGAGCAGAACACGGUCUUUGCGGACUGGGCGCGUUCGCUGGCUCCUGUGGACGCCCGCAGGGCUGUGUUGAAGAGGGUGGACAGCUUGGCAACUACGAGUACUGAUGCCCAGGUGCAGCAGUUGGCAGCUGUGUUGGUGUGCGACGCCUACGGAGGUUCAGCUUCUACGGAAAUGAUCUUCAGAGCCCGCGAGGCCUACAAUCGCAGGCAUCCUAUGCACCUGGUGCUCACUACGGCUGGUGGCGGUGAGUUGUGGGUGGGUUCCAUCCAAGCCGCUGGAGAUGUGGAUUUCUUGCGCAAGAAUGGCAUUUCAGCUCUGGUUGCUUGCGCUUCGAAUGUUCCAGUGGCCCGGUCCGCUGGGCUGAAGCACCUGGGCACGUAUGAUGGAACGGGGGCAGUCACUGGAGAUGUCAAAUGGUUCAGGCUGCUUGCUUUGAUGGAUAUGGUGGGCCAGGAGCUCAGGGCCGCUGGCCGGGUGCUGUUCAGCUGCAGAAAUGGAGCGCACAGAUCAGCAACCAUGGUUGCUUUGGUCCUUUGCUUCCUGACAGGGGAGCCUCCUGCUGUCGUCAUGGCCCAUGUUGCCAGGAUCAGGGAGAUGUGUGACUUUGACUCCCUGCACCCAGACCGCAGGAACUUCAACAGGCCCAUCGUGACCCCGGCACAAUGGCUUGAGACAAAGGAGAAGGAUUUGCGUGCAGCCCAUGAUGCUUUAGAGCCAGGUGAGAAGUGCAUGCUCAACAUGGUGAUGACCCCUGACGAGUUCGAGCGCUUCGCGCUGGCGAAUGGAGCCAGUAUUCCGGAUGUGGGUGCCCGGCCAAAGUCUAGAGUUGCGCCGCAGCGGGCGCAGCCCUGGCAGUUUGAGACCACCGAUGCAGAGACUUCGGACUUUUGCAAGAUCACUGGCCCAGAGGCUGUGAAGACCAGUGGUUCUGAGGGCCAAGAGAGCUGGAACAUGCUGACGGACCAAGGAGAAGGGAAGAGGCAGAAAAUGACCAGCUCAGAGUCUGACGCCGCUGGCGGUGCUUCAGCGCCGGCAAGCUUGGGCUCCAGACAGCCAGUGACUCCUCCGAAGGCCCCUGCUGUUGAGCCUUCUGGUUCUGUUGCUUCGGAGGCCGCCGGCCCUGCUCUUUCGGAGGCCGCCGGUCCUGCUCCUUCUCAGGCCGUUGGCCCAGUUGAGCCACAGCCUGCAGUUGAGAAGGAGUAUGCCUUGGCAGACUUGAGAUCUGUGGUGACUACGCUGGGUGCCUUGGAUGCGUGCUUGCAGCACUUUUCUUCGAAGGCUUCGACUCCAGAGUCGACUUUGGAACCCGGUGCGCCGCACGACGCUGUCCAAGGAGAGCAGCAGCCUGCUGGUGCUCAGCCAAUGCAGCAGGAGGAGGUGCCAGAUUGGGGCGGUGACGAAGCAGAAGAAGAGCAGGCUGCGAGCUGGGAUGAGCUUGGGCAAUCGGUGGGUCAGAUGACCAAGUCUUCGCCUGAGGAAAUCAAGCGCCUGAGUGAACUGCUGGAGUCCCACAAGAACCAGAUCGUGAGAAUCUUGGAGCAGCAGGAGGCCAGAGAGAAGGAGCAGCAUGCCGCUGGCAGUGUCUUCGAGGCCUGCAUGAGGCAAGAGUGGGAAACGGCUGCUAGCCUGGUGGAGCGCCUGCGUCCUGAGCAGCUGGAGCAGAUGCAGGACUAUGGUGGCCUCACUGUUCUUCACCAUGCUGUUCGGUCUGGCAGUGUUGAGUUUGUCUUGGCCAUCCUCCUCAAGUGCCCACAGUUGGCCAACAGGGUGACCUUUCCUCACCGCCAGCCAGGCAAUUGGACGCCGCUCAUGAUCCUCGCAAACCUCCCUCAUGAAGGAGAAGCGGAAGCAACCAUUGGAUAUAUGCUUUGUCAACACAUGGAUCUUGGCGCCCUGAACGUCAGAGGCACUUCGUGGUCCACUGCCACGCAUAUGGCGGUCUCCCGUGCGAAAUGGUCGCUGACCAAGUCAAUUCUGUAUCGCAUCGACGACUUGGGCGGCAAGGGUGCGGUCAUGGACCACACAGCGCAGGCCAACAACGCCGGCCGAGGGAUCGUGGACAUUGCUUUGUCUUGCAACUUGAGCAUGGCCAGAUACUUGCAGCAGUUCUGGGAAGCUCAGCCUCUUCACCCUGCGCCGCGCUCAAGCAGCUACAGGCCCUACCGACAUGAAGAGCAAAGUAAUGCUUCUGGCUAUGGCUCCUCGGCUGGUUUCCCACGAGAUCGGGCGGAAGCCGUGACGAAGGCCAAGAACCUCAUCGAGGAGCACGUCUUGAAGCCAAUGCCGUUGCCAGCAAUGAACAAAUGGACCAAAGUUGCACCAACCGUGGCCCAUAUUUCUUUACUUGGCUUAUUUCACAAUGGUUUUGUGGUGGAUGCCUUCAAGGCCGAGUAUGGAGAAUUGCAGGAUGAGUCUUCUGACCACAGCAACGAUGAGGACAAGAAGUUGGAAGUCCCAGUGAAUGAGGCCAGAAAGUGGCGACUCCUAGCGCGAAGGCGGAACAUGCGCGCAACGCAUUUCCUUUCAGACCCCCAAUCGCUGUGGAUCAACCUGCUGUGGUGCCAGUUGGCCGGUGGCAUCAUGAGGCUGCAUGGCAAGUUGUUCAAGAAUGCCACCUGGUUUUCCGACAGGCCCAAGAAAGAGCAAUCCAAGUCUGUGCAUUUGCUCGGCUCCCUGUGCUGCCCUGAGACCAACCCGGCCUGGACCAACCUGACAGAUUUGUUGAACAUCCUACAAGACCCUGCCAAGCGUUUGUCACUGUUGAUUUGGAGGUUUGGGCCGCUGGCCGGGUGGCCACAAGCAAGGAGAAGAAUUGUGAGAAAGAGCAUCAUGGUCAUGGCAGGCCAACUUGCGAGAAAAUUGAUUUUGCCAUGGCAGCAGUAUCCUUGGUGUUUAUGGCCGCUGGCCUUGAAAGACGCAAGCCAAGAAGACCACAGGUCAUGUGCUAAAGCUUUACUCAACAGUAAGCCUUGCUGUCUGGACAGCGGUUUUUCACAGCGGCUCAAGCGCAUACACCGCACAGAAGAAGAACUCUUGAACUCGCAGCUCCAAGUCUUUUUGCAAAAAGUUUUCGAACGUGUUGUGCCAACAUCAACUUUCAUUGAGCGGCGGUUCGCCCAGUUUGCCCAUUGGAGCGACCAGCAGCCCAAGCUUGGCACUUUGGCAGCCAAGCACGUGACUAGUUUCUGCAAGGGCGCUGCCCAGGCUUGGAAACAAAACCACCCGCAGCACCAGAAGCGAAAUCAUUUGUCUCGUCCUGACUGGGUAGAACAAAAGCAAGGAAGCCGAACCACAGGAUACAAUGUAUUUAUGUCUGAGUUCAGGAAGAACUAUUCAGCGCAGCAAGUGGCUGGAGAUGAAGGGAGGCAAACCUUUGUUCAAGAGGCUAAAGCUGCUUGGAGAAGACUUUCUCCCGGAGAGAAAGCGCCUUACAGUUUCAAGGCGCGUGGGCUGAACAGUCUGCGCAGCAGAAGCUCCCAGAUGUCAGACAACGAGGCUGGCCCUGAAGGCCGAGAGACUGGCGGCUUGUGGAACACAUGCCUGCUGCAAGACAGAUGGCCGCUCCGAGUUGAUCUGUUGGAAGCUGCCAUGGGGGAAGGGAUUGUGGCUUUACGAAAGAUCUCAUCGGCUUGGGAAGAGGAGCAUGCAAUGCUGGUGGAGGCGGAAGAUGAUCUGCCAGAUGUGAGUGAUAACUUGUUUGCUGUGUGCCCGCAUGGUGGAUGUGAGGAGGAGCUGCAGGCAGCGCAGCGUCCAGUCUUUCGGGAAAUCCACGAUGACUUGGUCACUGCUGUCCGGGUGAUUGAGCCUUUGAAGCGGGACUUGUCUGCUCACCCUUUGGUUUUGGAAUGGCACUCAUUGUCAUUGCAGAAGAGAAGGUUUGCUGUGGUCGCUUUUCACAUCCGCAAGCCUCCUUGGGACAUGGUCCUUCUUGAGCUGGAGGAAGCCGGGGACUCCGAAGAGCUUCCUUUUUGCUUGGCAGUGCAGCUGGGCAGGCAAUCCAUUCAUUCUGACAUUGCAUUUUGCCAUGAGCUUGCCCGAGCCGCGUCUGACUGGGUCUUGUUUCGCUUGUCCAUUGGAGAUCUGACCGUGGACUAUGGCAUUUUCCAAGCCGCAGAGCGCAAGGAACUGAGCCGAUCCGAGUUGAGACAAGCUGCUGCUGAAAUGAAGCAAGUUAUGCUCGCAGCAAAAGCAGCCAAGCUUGCCCAAGGUUUGACCGCAAAUAAAAAAAGGAAAAGCAGAAACUCCAACAAACGAAAAAGCAAAGGCAAGCGGUCGCAGACCCUGGCUCCAGAUGUUUCGGACAUGGAGUGGAAUUCUGCCUCUGAAAGCGGGGGCUCCGCUUCUGACUUUGGGGCAGACACCAGCAGUGUUGCAGCGCCUGCUUCUUCGUCCGCUGGACCGGCUCGCAGGGGCUCAGCUUCAGACUUUGCGGCAGACACCAGCAGUGUUGCAGCGCCUGCUUCUUCGUCCGCUGGACCGGCUCGCUCUAAGCGUGUCAAGCAGUCUCGGUCCAUUCCCUGGGGUCCAUUCCAAAUCGCGCCGAUUGUUCCGGCCGCUGGCCACAGUGGUUGGGGAGCCAUCUGCGGACAGCAUUGCGACCGAGGAAACAGUUUGUCUUGCAAGAAAGCUAUGAACCGUGGGUCGCUGACCGAUGCGGAAUGCGUCUUGCGUUUGAAGAGGUGGCUCUUGGCAGGCCAUUCAGACCAGAACUGGCCAGUUCACAGGCGACGGUCGCACCAUGUAGAGCUGGGUGGCAAAGGUCUGCAAGAUUUCGCGCAGGGAAUGUCUGAGGAAGCUAUGGAUGCUUUGGAGCUGGAGCGCAAAGCAGAGCCGGACGCUGGUCCCUGUGAAAAAGUGCGCUGGCUGCAGGGUUUUGAACCUUGGACUGCCUGCUUGGUGUCAGCGCUGGCGGUGUUUUGCUCUGCUGUGGAUGACCUACUCUCCCAAGCAGCUUCCAGUGUUGGGCCCGUGGUGCUGGCUACUUUGGAUGUGUGUUUUACCCUGAGUAAGGCUUGUGUGUGCUGCCUUUGCAAUGCCAAAAGCACUGACCCUUCUCCCUUGGUGGGAGGAGAGGAAGAUGACCAGUAUGGAGGCCGCCGGCCCUGGAACAAGUACCGUAAAGUGCGCCACCCUGGGUCGGACGAGCAGGUCAAAGUCCCAGAAGGGAAACUGUGCAUGAUUUGCUUCAGCACCUUCAGAGCGCUGGGUCUGAACUACAAGUAUCCAUCGUAUGGUGCGUACUACAAAGAGAUCGUCAAUGACAACAGCAAGCAUACCAGCUUCAUAAACUCUAUGAAAGAAUGGAUUAAGCAAAGAAAUGAGGAUCCCACUGGGCGAAUGGACAGGGAAGCAGUGAAGAAGGCCCACACCACUCUGCACAGUGAGACCAAGACUGGUGUCAAACUCAAGGGUCCCAAGAGGGAGUUCGUACUCCUGGAACAUUGGGACCCCAAGCUGGACGGUGAGCUGGACGAAGCACACAUAGUGGAAGAAACUUGGCAAGGGAAGAAGGUGAAAGGAAUCUGGAGGGCCAAAGGACGUGCCGGUGUGCUGGAAGCUUCCGGGUAUGAAGACACCAGUUUGGCUGAGCGCACUGAGGAGCACAGUGGAUCCGGCCCUUUCGCUGAGCAAGCUUUAGUGACCCAAAAAACUGCGUUGCAGAAGGUGUUUGCGGAUGCCGGCGAAGAGAGGCAAAAGCACACAGUGGCCGCAGGCCCUGCAUCACAGGCAGGCGAUGUUCUGGCAACUUUGCAGAAAAUGCUGCCAAACUUGAAACUUGCUGGUGGUGGGCAAGCCCUGAGCGCAGACCCAGAAGCAGAUGAGGCUAGCCCUUCUGCACUUGUUGACUUGCACAAGGACGAGGACGAAGAUGAAGCAGAAGAAGAGGAGGAGGUUUGCCCAGCAGCUCGCCUAGCUGCAACGGUUGGAGGGCCCAAGGCCGCCAAAGCUAAACCGAAGGCAAACCCAAAGGCAACUGCAAAAGCAGCUUCCAGGCCCAGUGUGACAGCUACGCCCAAAGCAGCAGAGGGCCGCAGGCCGGGAGAACAGAGCAACAGUAGUGCUCGCCCAAAAGCAGCUGCCGCCAAGGCCACAGAGGAACCGCAGAAGCGGGUGGCCGCUACUGAGACCCUCCAGCUCGACGGUCGCGGAAAGCGAUUGAAAGAAAACCUCGCAGAGAUGUGCCAGAAGUUGGAGGACACACUGGAGGCAAAUCACUUGGAAGUCAACUACAGCUUGCAGCACGCUGAUGCAAAGUUGGUGUAUUCAAAGAAAACAAAGGCUUUGAAUUCCUUACUGAAUACUGCAACUAAGCAGAUCAAGAAGAUUGAGGACAGCGUCAACAAGCACGGCUUGGUUGAAGAGCUGGAGCGGUUCCAAAGCCUUCAGGAUGUCAUCCAGAAGCUCUUGGACUUGUUCACCAGGCUGAACAUAGCCAGCCCAGUUGCCGAUGAACUGGCAGAAGCAGUCGAGGCAUGUAAAUCCUCGCCCUUUAACAUCGUGCUUGGCCCAGAGGUGUGGCAGAAGUUGCUCAGCACAAAGUGCUCCCAGUGCUGUUUGUACCAAGACUUCAGUGCUUACUGCAAGCUGUUCCGUUCGUCUGAGGAUGAGGUGAAGGAGCUGCGAAUCCGGAUGUCUCAGCAAGACUUGGCUCAGCUUGUCGACCUGGAAGUGGAGCAAGCGCUGGCCAACAUGCUCCGCAACUUUCCUUCUCAGGAUGUUCAGAAAAAGGAAAGCGACUAUCGCUGUCAAGUGGUUACUUUUUGCGAGGCCAUUGUGGCAGAGCAAGGCCACCCGGAUUCUGAGCUUUCAGGCCCAUGUGCGAAGGUUGCAAGUAUGGUGGUAGACCUGAUGUCUCUUGGAGACGUUGUUGCUUUGCAGCGUGGCGCAGAGAAGUUGAAGGAGCUAGGGGCAGAUGAGCGCCCGGGAUCUGUUGUUGCUUUCUUCACCAAACACAAAGUAGGACAGAGCUUGACCCAGGCUUCAGCCGAAGUCAUGGUGGAGGGCGCUGCCCGUGUGAAUGUGGAGCAAGCUUUGCAAGAGGCUUCUGCUGCUUUGCAAGUUGUCAAGGAGAAGAGUGUCGCUGGAGAAGAAGAACUGUCCGGCGUUGUCGCGGUCUUUUUUGAGAAGAAGCGGCUCGUUCAGAAGGAGAUUGUUGACAUGAAGAAGCAAGGCACGCACAUGCAGAAAGCAACCACGAGGGCCACGCAAGAGCUGGAGAACAUCAGCCAAGAGAUGUGGUCUUGGUUGAAGUCUGCCCUGAGGCUUGAAUUGUUGAACACUUUGUGCGGCAUGCUUGAGAACAGUUCAGCUUUGCUUGCGCCUGCUGGAGGCUCUUCACCAGGGCAGUUUUCCAUUCAAGAUGUUGAAGACGUGCUGCGCAAUGAUGAGAUUUUGAAACAUACCUUGUGGAACAGCCUGAGUGAAGAAAUGAAGAAGGAAAAAAGGAUCCUGAAGCUGUUUGAUUUCUACGGCACGCUCGCUGAGCAGGCAGUCACCCUUGUGAAGUUUGCUUUGUCCCAGAAAAGCGAGACCCGCUUUGUUUUCCAAGGCGCCGCCUUGCCUGCUAAGCCUUUGCCAGAGAUGCUUCGGAAACUCCAAGGCUUGCCCGAGCAAUUGCAGAACCUUGGCGGUGGGGAAAACCAAGUCGAUGACUCACAAUGUGCUGCGUUGCUUGCAGCUGUGGAUGCAGAACUCGCUCAGCAGAAAAAUGCUGGCUUUGUCAGCUUGGGCCAGUUGAUCCGAGACUUCCUGGACCAAAAGCCCGAGGCUUCAAAGGCUAAGUUGGAGGAAGUGAAGCUCAUGUUUCCGCAGCAAAGUGAAGCGAGACAGGUCUUGGCUGCUUGGCUGGGUCGUCCUGAAGGGCCAGAGCAAUUGGUGCCACGCCUCAAUGCCUUGCAGAACUUGGAGUUUGCGCGCUCAAAGACAGAGCUCUCAUCAACGCACUUGUUGGAGACUUGUUGCUUGGAAGGACAUCAGCCUUGGCAAGAUUGGUGUAGCCAGCAGCGCGCCCGACUCUUCCAGGCCUUGAUGGGACAUGGGGAUGCUCGCGCGAAAGCGUUGGAGCAGAAGAUUGUAGAAGUCAUGGCUCAGUUGUCUGGCGUUCCUCCUUCGAGUAAGGAAGGAGCUUUCCGCACAGCCGUGCAGGAACGCAUGUCCUCCUUGAGCACGUCGUCAACGGUGUUGAAGAAGAAGGCAGAUGAACUGCAGUGUGUGAUUGAAUGCUUGUCUACUGCAGAGUCUGGUGACGCAUCAGAGGCCGCUGGCCGAUUGAAGAACAGCAUGAUGGAAGGCAAGGCGCUCCACCAGUGCAUUGUUGCAACAUUAUGCUACUUUGCGGCCCUCACACUGUUUCGUAGCUCUGCAUUGAGCAGCCAGGCCAAAAAGGGAGCCUCCGAUCUGAACACCCUCAUGCACACUUGCUUUGUGGAAUUGGAGACCGCGCAUCCCUGUUCUUGGUUGGAUGAGACAAGUAUGGAGGAAACCCUAUUGCAGAUGUCGCAAGCGGUCCAAAAAGUCUUCGAGCAGAUGAAGGCCCACCCUGCCCCUGUGGAUGUGACAGCCCGCUGGGCACAGGCCCAUGAGAAGCGUAAAGAGUUGCCAGAACUGUCCGAGUUUUUGCGCAUUAGGCCUGACAAGGGGCCUGCUGCUCCUGCAGUUCCGCAGGCCAGCGCUCAAGCAAGCCCCCCUGAAGUGCGCCGAGAAAGUGAAGGACAAGGAAAACUUGGCCCAAUGGCCACCAAAGCUUCAGCUUUGAAGCUGCGCACAGGCAAGGCCGUUCCGGGUCAAGAGAAGACAGAGGAGUCUGCCCAGGUGGAGGCUGCUGUAGCCCAGGCGGAAGCGGCUGUAGGCCAGGAUGUUCUCAAGGCUGCUGAGCCGGCGAAACCUGAGAUUGCUGUCCAGCCCAAGACCGCAGUUUCCGAGACAGAAGCUGCAGCUUCUCCUGCCUUGGCUGGUGCAGCGGUCAAACGACCAAAGCUUGGCCACAAGGAAGCGACAAAGAAGGACGAAAAGCCAGCGGCCGCGGGCCCAGCCGAUGGUUCUACAGGCCCAGCUGCCAGCGGCAGCGUUCCAAAGUCGACCAAGCUCACAGAAACUGAGCAGGCCCAGUGGAAGAGCUUCUGCGACAAAAUGGGCCCGGAUUGGCGCAAGCGUUUUGCUGCGCAUGCCGCUAAGAGAAUGCGAAAGAAAGAGAAGAAGGAAAAGAGCGCAAAAGAGAAGAAAGAGAAGAACCAGAAGAAAGACAAGGGCAAGAAGGAAAAAAAGGACAAGAAGGAGAAGAAGAACAAGAAAGAGAAGAGCAGAAAGGAAAAGAAUGAAGGCCGAAGUGGCAAGCGCAAUCGCGCUGUGGAGGAUGAUGAUGAAGAUGAUCUCUUCGGAGAUGGAACUGUUCGGUCUCAAGGUCCUGGGAAGACACCGGCGCCAAAGAAGCCAGCCCGCAAGGCAGAGGCGAAGACAAAGGCCAAGGCGAAAGCCAAAGCGCAGUCGAAGGCCAAGGCUGCGGCCAAGGCUGCGGCCAAGGCCACGGCCAAGGCCAACCCCAAGGAAGAGCAGCAGGCAAGGGCAAAGGAAAAGGCCGCCGCAGUGCCCAAGGCCAGCGCGGAGGCCCAGGCGACCGCUUCUGCUGUUGGUUUGGCCGCUGGGCGUUUGGUAGGCGCUCGUUGGCGCACUUCAGCCAUGCCGGGCGAGCGGCGCGUGCUGCGGGCGCGGCCCAGCUUGGACGCUGACGGAGUGAAAGAGUGCGAGCAGGAAGCCAAGACAAGGUGCAUUCCUGCAGAUGCAUUGGUGGAUGGCUCUUGGCUAUGGAACGUGUGCAGAGAGAACCUAGACCUUUGCAGGAGAAUGGCCCCUCACAGGCCGUGUUGGGGAAGUGCAACUCUGACCUGGGGAUCUUUGUGCUCUGGAUCAGAAGGCCCAGCCUGGGUCAUUGCUGCCUUGAACCAACUCUUUGAGCAGGAGAAGGCUGUUGACUUCAAACUUGAGCACGUGUUCUCUUGCGAGUUGUCAGCAGAGAAACGGAAAUGGAUCCACGCUUCCUCCAUGCUCGCUGAGCCUGCUUAUGCAAGACUGGCUGCAAGGGUGAGUGGCCAUGAUGACGAUGAACUGCCCGCGGUUGAUUGGGAAGAAGUGCUUCGGGCCGCAGAUGCCCCGUGCAUUUUUUGCAAUAUCACCGACAUGGGCGCUGCCCAGGCAGAGUGCUGGGAGCACGGUCCUGGAAAGUGCCAUGUGAGAAGCGUGGACCUACUGGUCGUUGGCACCAGUUGCAAAGACAUGUCUCGAGCCAAUCCCGGUAGUGUCAGACAAGAGGUGGUGCUCAACGCGACAGAGUCUCGAGGCGGCAGCGCCCAAACUUUCAAAGGGCUGCUGUCGUACUUGGAAAGACACCGGCCUUUGAUGAUUCUUUUCGAGAACGUCGACGCGAUGGAAGAUGUGAAGGCCGCUGGCCAGUCCAACAUGGACGUGUUCUGGAGCCAGAUGGCUGCCCACGGGUACGAGGGCCAGUCUGUCUUGACAGACAGCAGCGAGUUUGGUCUACCUGCCCGCCGGCGGCGGCUGUACGUCUUCCUGGUGCGAGUGCCAGGGAAUCCUUUGCUGUCGUUUCAGGACCGCAACGUUGAUUCUAUCUUCACUACUUUUGGUGGGCUGCUGUCUGGAUGUUUGCGGCAUGGACCUUGUGCAAGCGACAUUUUGCUCGAAGAUCACCACCCAGCAGUUCUGGAAGAGUUGCAGCUUCGAACCUGGCGCAGGGAAGAGCAAAAUCGAAGCGAGAAGCCCGCCCCAACAGGGGAUUGGCCAGAUCAGCAUAUGAAGCUGGCGCAAGCUUUGCGCUUGAGAUGGGGCCAGGGGGCGCCGCCCGAGCUUGCUUCCAACCCUUGGUUUCAAACGUUGACGGCCAGAGAGCAGGAUGCGCUUCCACUCCUGCAAGCCCAGAUGCCUGCAGAAAAGAGCAUGAUGCGAGAUUUGUCUCAGAGCAUUGUCCGAGCAAAUGCCAACACUUGGAAAACUGAUGCCCAGAAGCAUUUGGCACCCACCAUGCUUCCCAAGAUGAAUGUGUGGAUUGAGCCCGUGGGGCAUCAUGUGAAGAAAGCUCGAAUGUUGCUUGGCCGCGAGGCCCUGCUGUAUCAAGGCUUUCCGGUUCUGUUGUUCUUGGAGACAUUGCAAAAGAUGCAGCAGGACAUUGAGGCCGCUGGCCGGGCCAAGCCGAUUAUCGGCGAUGAGCUUCUGAGGAAUACUGGCGGCAAUAAGCGGCCAAAAUGGAGCAGUGACAAGCCAGAGCCUCGGGGCAGAGACCUGUUGGUUAGCUGGAAGCCGACCGAAGCGUUGAUGCAAGAUUUGGCUGGCAAUGCCAUGGCUCUGCCAGUGGUGAUGACGAUGCUGCAGUGUGCUUUUGCGUCUGUCAGUUGGCGCCCCAAGGACCUUGUCGGAACCGCGGCCGCAGCGCCAGUCUCGACCCAAGAGGAUGUUGCAGCUGCGCUGGCCGCAGUCCAGGGCCUCCGCUCAGAAGAUUCGGUCGCCGACCCGGUGUCAAAACCCGCUGCCGUGAGUGCUGGAGUAGCAGUCUUGAAGCGCAAACUCAGAGAGCGCAAGUCGCAAUGA